AUGGGGACCUGGAUUUUGUUUGCCUGCCUCCUGGGAGCAGCCUUCUCUAUGCCCCUACCACCUCAUCCUGGGCACCCUGGUUAUAUCAACUUCAGCUAUGAGGUGCUUACCCCUCUGAAGUGGUAGCAGAACAUAAUAAGACACCCGUACCCGUCCUACGGUUACGAACCCAUGGGUGGCCGGCUGCCCCAGCGAAUCAUUCCCGUGGUACCCCAGCAGGCUGCCCUGCCGCCUCAUCACCACUUGCCCAUGGUGCCAGCCCAGCAGCCCGCGGUCCCCCGGCAAACCAUGGCGCCAGUUCCUGGCCAGCACUCCGCGACUCCAAGCCAGCCCCACCAGCCACACCUCCCUGCGCCCGCCCAGCAGCCCGUCCAGCCGCAGCCUCUCCCGCCCCUGCUGCCCCAGCCGCCUCUGCCUCCGAUGUUCCCCAUGCUUCCUGACCUGCCUCUGGAGGCGUGGCCAGCAACAGACAAGACCAAGCGGGAGGAAGUGGAUUAAAAGAUCAGAAAAUGAGAAGAGAACUGAAGUAGGUACUCCAGUUGCUUUCAGAAUGACACAAGAACACAACG